AAUAACAAAUGCCCUUUCAAUCUCUUUAACUGGGACAGGUCAUUGUUUAUAGUUUUUACUUUCAGAAGAAUGAAUGUAUAUUUGAGACUGACGGUGUUUCUCGUGCUAUUUUUCAUAAAGGGAGGUGAAGGUUUGUCAUCUAAUCUCGAUGACCUUAAGAAGGAAUUUGGGGCUUGGUUACUGAAGCGUUCCCCCGAGUAUUCUACCUUAAUAGGCGUUUACAAAUACAAUGACCGGGUGGAAGAUUUUUCAUAUGACAGGUUCCAGAAUGAAUAUAACAAAUACGUAAGUCUUCUAAGCAAUUUGAAAAAAAUUGAUUACGAUCGACUUACACCAGAGGAAAAGACAGAUUUCGAUAUCUUAAACGACAUAUUAUCAACGGUUAUUAAUGGAUAUGAUUGGAGAGAUUACAGUGCGUUGAACCCGGUUAACUUUCUCGAAAGUCCACACGUAUUGCUACCAUAUUAUGUACAAAUAACACCAUUUGACACAGUGGGUGACUAUGAAAACUACCUUAAUCGACUGGAAGCAUAUCCAAAUGAGAUGGACCAAUUGAUAAUACGAUUUAAUAAAUCAAUAGAAAAAGGACACACAUAUAAUAAUGUUUCGGUGAGCCGUGUCCCAGGGGCUAUUGAAGGCCUUCUUAAAGGUGCAAACAAUACCAACUUUAUUCUCUACAAGCCAUUUCUAGAUAAACUGACAAAUCUAAAAACCGUGAAUGAUUCCAGAAAAGUAAUACUUAGAGACAGAGCGGAGACGGCUGUUCAGAUCAUUAUCCAGAAAUUUAGAGACUUAAAAAGUUACCUUGAAAAUGUGUAUUUUCAACAUGUAAGAAGUGGUUACGGGGUAAGUAGCUGGGAUAAUGGAGGUGAAUUCUACAAAGAAUGUCUACGUUGGCACCUCUCUCUGGAUUUGUCACCAGAAGAAGUCCAUCACAAGGGUUUACAGGAAGUGGAGAGAAUUUCUUCGGAAAUGAAAAAGGUCUUGAUGAAGCUUAAUCACCAGGGCUCUGUAAAAGAGUUUUUUGAUGGCCUUAAGAAUAAUUCUGCGUAUUAUUUCCAAACUGCAGAUGAAAUAAUACAGUGGUACAAGAAUGCACUUACAAACGAAAUAAAUCCCAAGUUGUCAACAUUAUUCAAAGACAUUCCUGAUCUACCAGUUGAUGUGAAGGCAAAUCCAGCAGGGGGGAUAAGUGGUCAAUAUGUUCCGGGGCCGGCAGACGGAUCACGCCCCGGAGAGUUUCUUGUCAACGUUAAUCACCCGAAUAAAUCACUUUCGAUCACAUUCAUGGCUUUACUUAUUCAUGAAACAAAUCCAGGUCAUCAUUUACAGAUAAGUGUUGCGUCGAAUGCCAAAAUCCCUAGUUAUAGGAAAUACAAGGAUGCACAUUUCUACAACAUUCCCUUUGAGGUCCCUUUUUAUACAGCAUAUAUUGAGGGUUGGGCAUUGUAUGCAGAAUCGCUGGGUGAAGAAUUGAAUUUAUACAAAACUGACUAUGACCUCAUGGGAAGAUACAGGACUGAAAUAUUUAGAGCAGCUCGUCUUGUUGUCGAUACGGGUUUACAUUAUUUCAACUGGACACGUGAUCAAGCAAUGCAGUACAUGCUGAAUCACACCUCGGCUGAUGAGAUCAUGUUAGCAAGAGAAAUUGAUCGAUAUAUAACAUUGCCAGGCCAAGCAUGCGCAUACAAAAUUGGGGAGCUCAAAAUAAAAGAAUUACGAAUAAAGGCUCAAGAUGAGCUAGGAACCAAAUUUGAUAUCAAAGAUUUCCAUUCGACAAUUUUGAAAGAUGGCGCCCUUCCUCUAAGUAUCCUGGAGAAGAAUGUCAUUCAGUGGAUCGCGGAAACGAAGAACAAAACUACGGAAACAAAAGAGCAGUGCAUUUCCGGUUCCUCUGCACUACUUACUAACUUGAAAUUGUUUCUGAUUAUUUGCUUUGCUUUAACAGUUAAAUCAUGGAUUUAACCCCAACUUCCCUUUUCGUCGUUUAAUAUGCAUAUGCUGCCAUAUUUUCAAAAUGCAAUUUCUCAUUAUAAUUACAUUUCGUAAUUCACUUUUCAAUUUUAUCCUGCCAUAGAUUCACACAAAAUCAAUUACAUUAUUUGACAUUACAUCAAUUUUCCAAUAAGCAAAAAAUAAGAAUUUACAAAGGCUUUUGCAAUAUAUUAUUGACAGUGUCAUGAUGUUGCUCAGUUUUGGUUUAUUUAAUUUUCUAUUACAGUUAUAUUUUUCAAACAUUCAAGAUUAUUUUGGUUUCCUUAUUUAGU